UUGAUCGGAUAGCAGCAGUCCAGCUUCUAGCAUCGCUCUUAUCAGCUUUUAAUUCUGAAGCCUUUAAAAAUGCAUUAGCUGAAAGUAGAAUAUACGGUGUAAAUAUACUUUUGAUAAGUCUCAACGCGAGUGUAGUGUCAAUUGUAGUAGCAGAAUGAUGAUAUACGUGUUAAGUCAGCGUUUCUCAGGGCGUUCUCGCUGGAAGAAAGGUCGUCUUAAGAAAAGGAAAAAGACAAAGAAGAAAAUUAUGGCACAGGAAAAGGAGCAAAACAAAACUCACGAAAGAAAGCACACGUGUGAAAUGAUGUUAGGAUUUAUCUGUUUUGCUGUUUUAAUAGUCACAUGUUGUCAUAGACUGUCACUUAGAAGUGUGUAUGCUGUAUUUUCGACACUGGUUGUUGUAUCUAUUGUGAUUUUGAUGUACAACAAAAACAGUUAUAACAUGAUUAGACAACUGACUAUUAACGAGGGAAAUACUGAUAGAAAAUUGAAUGUAACCGCGAUGUCAAACCGUGAGAUAUAGAUAAAGACAAAUUAAUAUGACGAUAAACUUGCAAUAUUCAGUUGACAGUUAAGAUUUAAUUUAGUCCUCAUAUUUCCUCAAAUAAAAUUCUACAUGACAAGUUUAAAGAAAAACUCUGGACAAUCUACAAUAUUUUACAAACAGGUAUAACUGAAGUUUUAUUUUCAAAGUUUAAAACUCAAAAUACAGUGUGUCCCACAAAAUCUUAUUUUACAGUUUAUACUCCAAAAAUUACGUGCAUUUAAUUCAUUUGGACCUUCAGCCACCUUGUCUGGCUUCCGAACAUUUGCUUUAAUGGGUAUAUCUGAAAGACUAGGUUUGCGAAUAAACACAUCCUUUAUAUCUUCAAUAUUUCAAGUUCAAUAUGUUCAUGUAUCACACGGAAGCUCGACUAUUAACAUCAGUUCUGUCUGAAUAUAUAUUACUUAUUAAAAUGUUUUGAA